AUGAUCAAAGGAGCAACUGUUCACUUUACUGAUCGUCAAGUAUUAAUUCCACUCAUUGAAAAGAAUAUCGAUUUAAAUUGUAAGAUUGUUGAACAGGAACAAGAAGAUAAUGAUAUUGAUGAAAAAGCUCCAAUUUUAGCAAAUCAAUUUAAAUGUUUUGAGUAUUUAUGGGGUGAACCAAAUGAAAUUGUGGAAAAUACUGAAUAUGAUUUUGUAAUUGGAUGUGAUUGUAUUUAUGAAUCAAAAGAUAUGUGGAUGCCACUCUCAAAAGCAUUACAUGAACAGUUGGCAAGAUCAAAGAAUAUUAUUCUAGCUCAUGAAUUGAGAAGUCAAAAAGAUUUCUCCUUCUGGCCUCAUAUUCAAGAAACAUUUGAAGUUGAAAGAGUACCUACAGAAUUAUUGGACGAAUUUUGGAGAUGUGAAGCAAUAAGAAUAUUCUAUUUGACAUUUAAAUCAAAUUGA